AGUGCUAUUCGCUAGCCCCUGCUGCCGUUGAACAUUCUCACCUGAGCAGGUGUGCGGCCGUUAGAAUUCGAACUAUAGUGACAAUAUGGAAAGCGAGAGGCGAUAGGAAGAGCAGGGGGAAGGGGCACCUGAAAAGUAAUAUUGUGUUUUCCUACGUGCCAUCCAGCAGGCGCAGAGACGCUUCAAUCGUCGUUGUUGCACAUACGCAUGAGACGUUACAGCAGCGCAGCGACUGACAGGUGUGGUCGAGGACAGCGCCCGUCUACUCGACACCACUCGACGACGCUUGUGAAGAUUACCAGGAAACCGAACCGAUAUGGGAAGAAUGAACAACGAACGCUCGCUUUUCACGGUGCUGUUCGUUGUGUUUCUCGCUAGCCUGGCAACAGUCGCGUUUGCAGAAGAAAUUCCCGAUAUGGACAUAUGCGCUUCUGCUGGGAAGCUGUGCGGAACUGUGCCUUGUGUUCCUAUCAACGGAAGCCAAUAUUUCACAUGUUUGUGUGAAAACGAGCGCUACUUCAACGCGACGGCUCAGCGAUGCUACCAUCUCGAUUCGUGUUCAGAAAUACUGUGCCUUCCUGGAAAAUGCUUCGACAACCACGGAAGCGACGCAGCUACAUGUGACUGUUCUGGAAUACAUGGCAUGACAAAAGAAUGUGAAGUUGAUGAAGCAUUCAGAGACGAGUGCGUCAAGAGUGGUGGGGAACAGACAUUCGACCAGAAUGGCUUUCCGCAAUGCGUUUGCCCGUACGGUACUCAGCUCGAGAACGACCGUUGUCUGUCUAUCGCUUGCUUACUUCCGGACUUCACGUGUGCGGACAUCUGCAAUAACCCGAAACUGAGAGAGGAUAACCGCUGCUGCCAGAACUGGGAAAUCGGAUCAUGUGAUGGACACUUUGAAAAUGAACCAUCUCUUGUAGGGCAUACCACGGGAUUCGGCAGUUCGUGCACAGAUGUAUGUGCAGAGGACUUACUUGGUUCUGUCUGUGAACAUGGUUGCACGUACGAGAACUCAUCAAAUCCUUACUACAAGUGCAACUGCGAUGAUGGCGAAGAGCUGAGCGCCGAUGGACGCACGUGCCAAGCUAGAGUUGAAUGUAAUGAAGAGGAAGAAUCGAGCUGCGAAGAUAGCGGCCAAGAAUGCGUCUACAAAGACGGAAAAGCCUCCUGCCAGUGUCCUGCGGGCUCCGCUUUGAUUGACGGCGUCUGCUCGGAGGAGUGCUCGUUCAAAUGUCAGCCUUUACUAAGCAAGUGCGUAAUUGAUUCCAACGAAGAAAUAUGUGUCUGCGAGUAUCCACUGAAAUUGGACUCCACCAAGCAACAGUGCACUUUAGAUAGGCAAUUUGUUUACAUUAUAACCUUCACGCAAGACCAAGUUUACCUUACGGCCAAUACUACGCACAGGUGUGCCAAUACUGAGAAGCUGAUCCAAAGUGCCAUGAAAAACCUAUACGGAAAAAGCUUAAUGGCAACGAGACUACUCAAGUGUGGCGAAGAACACGAAGUGGAAUUGUCAUUUUCUGAAGAACCAGCACCAGCACUAUUGCACAGAAUACACCUGUGUGAGAAUGAAGAUAAAAGAAGUGGUUUUUUUGCUCCAGCUUUGUACAUCGUGAACGGCUCUUCUUCGGACCCACGGGCAGUAGACCUGUGCGACGCCUACUUGAACAACACUGACGCCGUCUCCAGUGGCAGCCACAAGUGCGUCAGUGAAGGAGCCGGAAAUUACACGCUGCGAUGUGCUUUGAGAAGUGCCGGCGCAGAGAUGGUCCAGCAGGGCUUUCUGAAAGUUCAACGGUGUCAUGAAGGCUGCCAUCCAAACUUAUGCCCUCAAGACUGCAUAUGCAUACCAGAUGCAGAAAAGCCAUAUAAAUGCGACUGCAGGGAAAACACCACGGCGAAGACGCCUCAGCCACCACACCAUCACAAAUGGCCAUUUCCAACUACGCCAAUGGCACCCCAAAGACAAACCAGUCGUGUCUGGGCGACCGUCGCUAUUGUCAUCGGUAUCUUGAUGCCUGCCGUAGUCGUCGUAAUUCUGCUAAUAAAGAGGAAGACGACCUACAUAGUUACACCUGUGAAAAAAGCGAGCAGCAAGGAUUUCCGACCGCUUCCAACGGAGGAAGAGGCCUGAGCUCAAGCAAAGACGUGGUGCUGUCGCAAUACCGUGACGUUCAACCCAUCUGCUCAAGCGGAGCCCGAUAUAGGCAGUAUCAGAGGUUCAUGUGAGCGUAGAAUCAGAAACAUUCUCCAUCAUCAAUGUCGACGUUGGAAUAAAACCAUUUCGUAUUCAUGAGACA